AUGGUCAAGGAGUACUUUCUCGCCCCACACUUUGACGCCCCAGCACCCCCACGGGGAUUAAUCAAACUCGGCACCGUCCUCAGCAACCUUUGGCAAUUCUCUCCUUACGUCCUCAACCUUCACUCCGAUCAUCGCCCUUUGACGGAGCGAGCCUUGGGACUGAUUGGCCGGGGCCCACGUGCACCAUCCCGACGCCCUGAGGGUGAAUACACGGUGAUCUCAUGCGAGCAUCUCGAUACCCUCGGCUUCACCCCGACCGAGUCCUACGUCAAGGACACCAUCGAAAAUCUCGAUGACGAGUGUCUCAAGCCGUCAAGCAGGUCCAAGCGGCCGGUUUACAUGGUCACGGGUUUGAAGAUUGCCCGUGGUGCCAAGUACUCAUCGAGGGUCAGUAGCCGCGCGGUCGUGGGGCGGGACUUUUCUCUUCCUCGAAACCCCCUUGUCUCGCUGGCCGUGAGCUUCGGCCACCACAGUGAGAGUGUCAUGGAGUCAAGCUGGAGUAGCUUGGUCGAUUUCAUCGUCGCCUUCAAGGUGGUGCAGGUCUGGAUUAACCAUAAGGGAGAGGUCAAGUUCGAGGAGUACAACAAAAAGGCCGUGAUGGAGUUCGAGCCAUCGUCUGAGUAA